CUGAUUGCGCGCAGUCCGCCAUGGUAGCGCGAACAGAGCGCAUGCGCGCGCGCGACCCCGCCAGCACCACGCGACGCCGCACGCGCACGUAAGCUUCCGACAGUUCAUGAAUGAGACUAUUUUAUCAAUUAUCGUAAUGGCAUAAUUAGUACGAUGGUGAACAGGCGGAAGUUGCUGCGUGUUGUGAAGUAUUUGGUGGCGGGAGUGACGGUGUCCUGCGUGAGCUGGUUGGCGUGCGUGAACGAGUGGCACUCGGGGCUGCGCUGGUCCAGCGGCCGGGGGGAGCUGGCGCGGGCCAUGUCCACCAUGAGGACUAUCGUGGCGUACUCCGAAGGCAAGCAGGCGGAGAUGGACCGACCCACGCCUCUUACCUGUGACAGCUUGCCUGUAUUCCCCAAACUAUCUCACAUAGACCGUAGCUGGCCUGGUGGAGGGCGUGCUGCGCAAGAGUGGCAGCGCGUCGCCGGCACGCACGUCUCACUCUACGCCGCGUACUACGAUGAACGGGCCGCACAACGCUACGUCAGGAUUCUUGCUACCUUCCAUGGUCGUAACUAUUCAACUGAAGACACACUUUUCUGCCAGACGCGUUCACGAAACGGAAAUUUAAUAGAAGACACUGUCGAGGUUGUUGCAGCGAAGCCUUUAGAAAUCUGGUGGCACAAAUGGGACAUAACGUUGUCAGAAGUUGAUACGCCAUUACUACUGUCAUGUCCUCUGACGGAACCUCUUUAUGGCCCCUCCGUUGUGUCAGUCGUAACUGAACCUUGCGAUGACCCUACUAAUGCCUUCGAAUUGAACCCCACUGCGGAAAAAAAUAACAAAACAAGAAUGUUCACCAUUUGUGUCAAAGACUUGAACUUCGAAAAAGACAUAUCGCAAAGCUUAGUUGAAUGGAUAGAAACCAAUAAAAUACUUGGCGUAGAAUUGAUAGAUAUAUAUGUAGAUGAAGUCGCAGAGAAGACAAAGAAAGUUCUACUGCACUAUCAAGAUAAGGGUCUCGUUAGACUGUUCCAUGUUCCUAUUAAGCAUAAGUCAGGAAGGUCUCUUUGGCAGCGCAGGAGAGAUCACAUUUUAACUUAUAAUGAUUGUUUAUAUAGAAAUAUUAAGGAAUCUGAAUAUAUAGUGCCACUUGACAUAGAUGAGAUAAUUUUGCCAAAAAUUGCGGACACUUGGCCUGAGCUACAUAACCGUCUAAAUGGUUACGGAUGGAAUUCUUCAGGACGCUCCUCUAUUAUGAUACAAAAUGUAUUUUUCUUUGACUUUAUGCAAGACAUUAGAAAAUACAGCAUGAACAGCAGAGGAGUAAAAAGCAAAAUUUACAUCAAACGAGACGAUGUUCGGAUUACAAAACCUAUUAAUUUAGAAAUAGAUGAAAUAGAAUUAGUAUUAGAUUCAAAUAAUAUAAGCAAUGAAGUCAUAGACGAUAGUGAAGAUGAAGUGCUAUAUAAAAAGUACAAAUCUAGAUGUGGUACUGAACUGCCUACGCCUAAACUAGCUGAACAUAUUGUGAGUUCAGCGAUGAUCAGUCCUAUAGGAUUCUACAGCAAGAGUUGGAUGUUGACUAAAAAGGUGUUAACGGCAUUCAACCAUUACCCUUUGAAAAGCCUCGGGGCGUCAGGGUCCGUUGGCUGGUCAGCGCCCUUUAAAGAAGUGCAGCUCAAUCAUUACAAGGAGUCGUGCAACACGACGGUGGUGGGCGAGUGUGCUCGGUACGGGCGGCGCGCGCGCAUCGACCGCGCCGCGCUGCGCCUUCGACGCCGACUCACGCGCGCCCUCGCUGACGCCAUCUGCACCGGAAUAAAUAUUAUCUGAGAA